GUGAAUUCGGGCAUCGAUCGACCCUCGUCGGGAAUGAGGUAAAUCCGACCCGACCGGAUCUGCUUUGGGACACCAGGACACGGCGCGUCGCCCUCGACGGCCGUUGUCAGCCGUUGAAUGCCAAUUAAUUAUUGCUCUUCCUUUUUCAUCAUCCUCUCAAUCUCAUCACUAUCUGUUGGAACUCCUCAGGAUAUCAUACGCUCAUUGGCGAGUCCUUUCGUUUCUGCAGGUCGCCGCAGUCAUUGCGAGACCACUGCAUUCCACCCUUUAAGGGAUAACGCGCUCACACUUCAUCAUGUCUCGUUUACUGACGGAUAGACAAGCCGAGGAGCUGCACAAGUCAAUCAUAGCAUACCUAGCGGCGAAUGACCUACCGAAUACCGCCGCUGCGCUCAGGGAAGAGUUGAAUCUUGGGGAAGAUCUCUAUGAUGCAACUACAGCCAAAAGGUAUGAAGGCUUGUUGGAGAAAAAAUGGACAAGCAUUGCCCGCUUACAGAGAAAGAUUAUGGACCUCGAGUCCAGAAAUGCAAUGCUCCAGUCCGAACUCGAUAACGCGACUCCAUCUUCAAUUUUGAAACGCAAGCACGAUCCCACUUCUUGGCUGCCCAGUACCCCGCGUUAUUCACUGGAAUCGCACCGAGAUAAGAUAAAUUGCAUUGCAUUCCACCCAAAAUUCUCCUCUAUUGCCUCUGGUUCCGAUGAUUGCACGAUCAAAAUAUGGGACUGGGAACUUGGGGAACUGGAAAUGACUCUGAAAGGCCACACGAGAGCAGUGCGAGACGUUGACUAUGGCGGCCCGCGGGGCGAUGUUCUUCUGGCAUCUUGCAGCUCCGAUCUCUCCAUCAAGUUGUGGAACCCAGCAGACGGCUACAAGAAUAUUCGGACUUUAUUAGGCCACGAUCACAUUGUUAGCGCUGUUCGUUUCCUGCCGUCUGGGAACUACCUUGUCAGCGCAAGCAGAGACACGGACCUGAGGAUUUGGGACGUCACAACUGGAUACUGUGUGAAGACAGUAAGCGGUCAUAGUGGCUGGGUGCGAGAUAUUUGUGUUUCAUUUGAUGGGAAAUUUCUUUUCUCUACUGGAGAUGACAUGACUGCUCGGUUAUGGGAUAUCUCUGCUGUGUCGAAUCCAGAACAUAAAUGUACGAUGAUUGGUCAUGAGAACUUCAAUGAAUGCUGUGCGCUUGCUCCGCCUGCGUCAUACCGGUUUCUUGCACCCUUGGCUGGCCUAGGGAAACAGCGGUCCGCAAACAGUACGGACUUCAUGGCGACUGGGUCUCGAGACAAGACUAUUAAGAUAUGGGAUACCCGUGGGGCCUGUCUCAUGACACUAGUGGGCCACGAUAACUGGGUACAGGCGAUCAUGUUCCAUCCCGGGGGACAAUAUCUUCUAUCGGUGUCAGACGACAAGACGUUGAAGUGCUGGGACUUGAGCCAGCAGGGAAAGUGCGUGAAGACGAUCCGGGAGGCUCACGACAGCUUUGUCACCUGUCUGCGAUGGGCUCCGGGAAUUGUUAAGAAUGCGCGCGGCCCAGAAGGCACAGCGUCUGAGGGGAAUGAAUCGAAGAACUCGGCCGGUGAAAAUAGUGAAGUUGGGAUUCGCUGUGUUAUCGCCACUGGAGGCUGGGACUGCAAGCUAAAGAUAUUUGCAGGCUGAGACUGAGACCGCGAGGAAUUUUUCCUCCAGGCUUAGGAAAGGGAGCGGAUUAGCACCACUUGUCGGUUUUCCUUAUAGACCGCAGCAAGGGACAAAACAACUAUUUAUACCCCCAAAACCGUCCGUCUGCAGCGGAAGAAGACAUGAAUAAUAGCUAUGGGACAUGCCUAUAUGGGAGCAGUCACGAAAUAUUGCCCAUUUUUCUGGAUGGGCCUCUGGCGUCUCUUCGCCGGCCGUGAUGCAUCGUUGAAAUCUUUCGAAGCAAGCACGAGUAACCCAGUGGUCCAAGUUCAAGAUUUCGAAAUCACAGCAUUUUUUAUUGUUAUUAGCAGGUGAAUCGUUCGCAUACCUGGGGGUGUUGAGUAAUUUAAUUUCCUCUAGGCUUAGAUAUCUAUUUCUACCUCAGUGGCAACCAUCAAGAUGCUUAUCCUGGACUUGUAAGAUAAAAGGAUAGUUAUCCUCCAGGAAUUCAAUCUCCUCAACGUGCAUACUGUGCAUGUAACUAUGGACUGUUGCCUAGUUACUAUCAGGCAGGGGCAAUCCCUGCUAAAAUGGUUCAUUC